CUGGUUUGAACUCACGUCCUCAGCUCCAGUGAAGGGAAACGUUGAUGCUUCAGAUAUAAAACCAUUCUGACGUUCAGGUGUCACGUACAUUUGGCCUUAUAGUGUAUUCCUGAAUAUAAAUCGAGUUUUUACUUAAAAUUCAAUUCUUUCCUCAAACAAAUAGUUUUUCCCGUAGUAUUUAGAGAAGCGGUGAGGAGCUCGGUUUAUUUAUCUAAAGCCCCCUGGGUGAAGAUCCUCAUGAAGUUGUGUGAGGAGAUGUCGAGAGCGUGCAAAGCUUCUUCUGGAUGCUGUUAAGAAUUGAAACUAUAAAAUGGUUUGGAUUUGUUUAACGCUGUUUGUGGUCACUGAGUAAAUCUGUAGGUGUCAUUUCUUUAAGCCGGUGUAUUCGAACUGAAUGUUAAUAUGGGGUAAAUAUAUUACUGGUUAAAGUUUGGACACGUGCGUCUGUGAAUGUGUGCGGGGACGAAAUGUCGCAUGAGGCUUCUGCCCUUCUUCCUGUUAAAAUAGUCUGACGCUCUUUUACGUGGUCUAGCGAUACAGGCUGCGUCCUUUUUUGCAGGAACAUCUUUUAGUUCUCACGUCAAGAGCUCAGCUCAGUAUAUAAACACACGCAACACUGAGAGUGAGGUUCUUCCUGAAGAAGAGAUGAAGACGCUGCACUUGUCUGUGAUUCUGCUCACGCUGUCCGGUGUUCUCACUCAGGACAGUGAUUGGGGUGUGAAAUAUCCAGUUAAUCUGAUCUGUGCUGUGAGAGGAUUCAGUGUCUCCAUUCCCUGUAGUUAUUAUUAUCCAACAUCAAAUCCCAAUAUUCAGGUGACACAAAAGCUUUGGUGCUCAAUGAACUCAAACACAGGAUGGUGUACAGACCCCCCGUAUGUUUAUAACAGCGCAUCAAUCACCACAUCAGACUUUGAGUACGCUGGAGACAACAAAUCAGACUGCACUUUGUUAAUCCACAAUGUACAGUUCAGUUAUUCUGGAGAGUACAGAUUCAGAUUUAUAACUAAUGUGCCCAGUGGAAGAUUCACAGGUAAACCUGGACCGACUCUACAAGUUGCAGAUUUAAAGGUGUCACUAAUCAGGCUCAGUGGAAACGGAACCCUUAAACAAGGAGACUCGUUAAAUCUGACGUGUGAUGUGAACUGCACACAAAGUUCCUCACAGUUUGUGUGGUCUAAGAACAACGAGCGCUUAAAUACAUCAGGACCCGUUCUUCACUUUCCUGCUGUAACCGUGAGGGAUUCUGGGAAUUACACCUGCACUUGGAAAACCAACAGGGCGUCAGGAUCUGAAACGAUCAGUCUUCUCGUCGAGGGUGGGUCCAUCUGCUCACAUCACUCCUGAAUGUCUCGAAUGAUUACUGAAGGAAAUAAAGUGACU